UUCUGCUCAUUUGCAUUCUCCAUGGAGAGAAAAAGUAAGUUAUACUGACGCUCCGAGAGGGAAACGCUCUUCUCAGAUGGGGAUCCUUGCUCAUGGCAACAACCUGUGCACCCCGCGGGCUGGAACUCCCACGAAUCCACUAGGCCCGGCUCCCUUAGGGGUUAGCCCCCAUAGUAUGCUGGGAUCAACCUGAACGGAUCACAGCUCAAGGCUUCUGAGGCUUUUUCUGUUCGGGACUGUAUUUCCCAGCGGCCACCGCGCCAGUCCACUUCCGGUCUCCGGGGUCGACGACAUAGUGGGUCGUAUUAUCCAAAAGAAGGACCUGGAGGAGGAUGAGAGCGUUACUGCUGCACACCUAAAGUCAAGGAACAGGAGCAUUGGGAAUAUGUGAUUCAUUGCGACUGCUGCUUGUAUAUUAAGAAAAUGAGUGAGGGGCUCAAAUGAUCUAGGACAGAAAUUCUUUUUAAAUCGACAGAUAUAAUUGUAUGUAUUUAUCAUGUGCAACAUGAAGUUUUAUGAAUGCUGAACACUGCCAGUGCAAUUUGGUGCAAACACUGCCGGUGCAAAUAUGCUUUCCAGUUCUCAUGCCUUCCCCCACUGCACCCAAUCCUGAUUUCACAAAGAGGUUCUGGUUUGGAUGAUGCGAUCCCUUCUCAGCUCUGAAAGGUGGGACUGGGGGAGGAGGAUCUGCUAAGGGCAGGAUCAGAGGUCCAGUCCUAGGCCAAGAUGGGUAUCCCAAGAAUGGAGGACUGGCUGGAAGCCACAACUUCAAGGCAGAAAUGCCUGUGCUCGGCAUUCAUGCUUCUGCCGCAGGUUCCCUGGGAUGCAGGGGAGAAGCCUGAGGAAGAUUGACCAGUUUUGUAAUUCUAGCAACAUGGUCCAUGGAUCAGUGACAUUCAGGGAUGUGGCCAUUGACUUCUCUCAGGAGGAGUGGGAGUGCCUGCAGCCUGAUCAGAGGACCUUGUACAGGGAUGUGAUGUUGGAGAACUACAGCCACCUGAUCUCACUGGGAAGUUCCAUUUCUAAACCAGAUGUGAUUACAUUACUAGAGCAAGAGAAAGAGCCCUGGAUGGUUGUAAGGAAAGAAACAAGCAGACGGUAUCCAGAUUUGGAGUCAAAAUAUGGACCUGAGAAAGUAUCUCCAGAAAAUGAUACCUCUGAAGUAAAUUUACCCAAACAGGUUAUAAAGCAAAUAAGUACAACUCUUGGCGUUGAGGCCUUUUAUUUUAGAAAUGACUCAGAAUGUAGACGAUUUGAGGGACUACAGGGAUAUCAAGAAGGAAAUAUCAAUCAAAAGAUGAUCAGCUAUGAAAAACUGCCUACUUAUACUCCUCAUGCUUCUCUUAUUUGCAAUACACAUAAACCGUAUGAAUGUAAGGAAUGUGGGAAAUACUUUAGUCGUAGUGCAAAUCUUAUUCAGCAUCAGAGUAUUCAUACUGGAGAGAAACCCUUUGAAUGUAAGGAGUGUGGGAAAGCCUUUCGACUUCACAUACAAUUUACUCGACAUCAGAAAUUUCAUACUGGUGAGAAACCUUUUGAAUGUAACGAAUGUGGAAAGGCCUUUAGUCUUCUUACCCUGCUUAAUCGCCAUAAGAACAUUCACACAGGUGAGAAACUGUUUGAAUGUAAGGAAUGUGGGAAGUCCUUUAAUCGUAGUUCAAACCUUGUUCAACAUCAGAGUAUUCAUUCUGGUGUAAAACCAUAUGAAUGUAAGGAGUGUGGGAAAGGCUUUAAUCGUGGUGCACACCUUAUUCAGCAUCAGAAAAUUCAUUCCAAUGAGAAACCCUUUGUAUGUAAGGAAUGUGGGAUGGCCUUUCGAUAUCAUUACCAACUUAUUGAACAUUGCCAAAUUCAUACUGGUGAGAAACCCUUUGAAUGUAAAGAAUGUGGAAAGGCGUUUACUCUUCUGACAAAGCUUGUUCGACAUCAGAAGAUUCAUACUGGUGAGAAACCCUUUGAAUGCAGGGAAUGUGGGAAGGCCUUUAGUCUUCUCAACCAGCUUAAUCGCCAUAAGAACAUUCACACAGGUGAAAAACCGUUUGAAUGUAAGGAAUGUGGGAAGUCCUUUAAUCGUAGCUCAAACCUUGUUCAACAUCAGAGUAUUCAUGCUGGUAUAAAACCAUAUGAAUGUAAGGAGUGUGGGAAAGGCUUUAAUCGUGGUGCACACCUUAUUCAGCAUCAGAAAAUUCAUUCCAAUGAGAAACCUUUUGUAUGUAGGGAAUGUGAGAUGGCCUUUAGAUAUCAUUGCCAACUUAUUGAACAUUCUCGAAUUCAUACUGGUGACAAGCCAUUUGAAUGUCAAGACUGUGGGAAGGCCUUCAAUCGUGGCUCAAGCCUUGUUCAACAUCAGAGUAUUCACACUGGUGAGAAGCCCUAUGAAUGUAAGGAGUGUGGGAAGGCUUUUAGACUUUACCUACAACUUUCCCAACAUCAGAAAACUCACACAGGUGAGAAACCAUUUGAAUGUAAGGAAUGUGGGAAAUUCUUUCGUCGUGGUUCAAAUCUUAAUCAACAUCGAAGUAUUCAUACUGGAAAGAAACCCUUUGAAUGUAAGGAAUGUGGGAAAGCCUUUCGACUUCAUAUGCACCUUAUUCGACAUCAGAAAUUGCAUACUGGUGAGAAACCCUUUGAAUGUAAGGAGUGUGGGAAAGCCUUUCGACUUCAUAUGCAACUUAUUCGACAUCAGAAAUUGCAUACUGGUGAGAAACCCUUUGAAUGUAAGGAAUGUGGAAAGGUUUUUAGUCUUCCCACCCAGCUUAAUCGCCAUAAGAACAUUCACACAGGUGAGAAGCCAUCUUGAAUGUAAGGAAUGUGGAAAGUCCUUUAAUCGUGUCUCAAACCAUGUUCAACAUCAGAGUAUUCGUGCUGGUGUAAAACCAAGUGAAUGUAAGGGGUGUGGGAAAGGCUUCAUUCGUGGUUCAAACGUUAUUCAGCAUCAGAAAAUUCAUUCCAGUGAGAAACUCUUUGUAUGCUAGGAGUGGAGGAAGACCUUUAGAUAUCAUUACCAACUUAUUUAACAUUACCAAAUUCACACUGGUAAAAAACCCUUUGAAUGUAAAGAAUGUGGAAAGGCCUUCAGUUUUCUGACAUAGCUUGCUGGACUUCAGGUCAUUCAUACUGGCAAGAAGCCAUUUGAAUUUGAGAAAUGUGGGAAGGCCUUCAAUAGUGGCUCAAACCUUGUUCAACAUCAGAGUAUUCAUACUGGUGAGAAACUCUAUGAAUGUAAGGAGUGUGGGAAAACUUUCAGAUUUAAUUUGGUCCUGACUGCACAUCAAAGAAUUCAUACUGGUAUGAAACCCUGUGAAUGUACAGAAUGUGGGAAGACCUUUAGUUGUAGCUCAAACAUUGUUCAACAUGUUAAAAUUCAUACUGGUGAGAAACCCUAUAAUGUAAGGAAUAUGGGAAAGCAUUUACUGUGGAUGAUCAGCUGUCUCAACAUCAGAAAAUUCAGAAUAGUUAGAAAUUUUGUGACCAUAAGGAGUGUGGACAAGCCUUCACUGUGUACGAAAAAUUUACUCAACACCAGAGAGCUCAUAUUGAUGAGAAAUCUUGUGAACAUAGAAGAAUGUGUGAAGAACUUUCAUCAUGGCCUGGGAUUUGCUCAACUUCUGAGUAUUCAUACUUCUGAGAAAUCUUUGAGUGUAAGGAAUGUGGGGCGUUUUAUAGCCACACUAAAUACCUUAGAGUUCGGAGAAGAUAAUUCUUGUGAGAAAGUCUUUGAAUGAGGAAUAUAGGGUAGUUGUCAUGUUCACAAUAUACUCCCUAUGAAAUAAUUUACCAGAUGCAGGCAUACCUCGCUGAAUUGUGCAUUGCAGUUAUUGUGUUUUAUACAAACUGAAGGUUUGUGGCAACCCUGUGGUGAGCAAGACGAUCAGGUCCAUUUUCCCAACGUCAGGUGUGCAUUUCAUGUCUUUACGUCACAUUUUGGUAAUUCUCAGAACAUUUCAAACUAUUUCAUUGUUAUAUAGCUAUCAUGGUGAUCAAUGACCAGUGAUUUUUGAUGUUGCUAUUGUAAUUGCUUUGGGAUACCACAAAUUCUGCCCAUAAAAGAUGGUAAACCUAGUUGAUACUUGUUGUGGGUUUUGAAAGAAUAGUCAAAUAUACAAUCAUAUACCCCAACCUAGAUUCAAAAUUGUUAACAAUUUGCACGUUUAUUUUUUGUAUAUUUGUUGUACCAUUGAGAAUAAGUUUUAGACAUCAUGACACUUUACCCUUUAUUUAAUCAACAUGUGUAUCAACCAAACAUGAAGACAAUAUCAUAUAGCCAUUGUACCAUAAUUACCGUUAAGGAAAGUAUUCAUAAUUCUGUAAUCUCAUUCCAUUUUCAGAUUUCUUCAUUGGCUUCCAAACCAUCUUUUACAGCUAUUCAUAUUCAAAGGAGAAUCCAUUGCAGAAUCUGCAUUGCAUUUGGUUAUCUCUCUUUAGUGUAUUGUAGCCUGGAAAUCCUAUGAAUGUAGGCUCUCAAAUUUUGGUAGGUAUUAGAAUCAACAGUGGCACUUAGUAAAGCUACAGAGGCUUAAGCCCUAGCUUAUAAUUCUGGGCCUCUAUGUUUUUUAUUAUUUCUCCAGGUGAUUGUGAUACCAACCAGAGUUAGAGAGCCACUGACCUAGAACAUUUCUCCUUUCUCCUCAUUCUUUUUUUUUUUUUUUUUUUUUUUUUUUUUUUUUUUGCAGUUGCAAGAUUUAAUAGAGUGAAAACAGAGCUCCCAUACAAAGGGAGGGGACCCAAAGAGGGUAGUCGUUGCCGGCUCGAAUGCCUGGGUUUAUAUCCUGAUCAUUGUCCCUCCUGCUGUGCUCUCAGGCAAUAGAUGAUUGGCUAUUUCUUUACCUCCUGUUUUUGCCUAAUUAGCAUUUUAGCGGGCUCUCUUUCCUACCUGAUGGGUCGGGUGUGAGCUAAGUUGCAAGCCCCGUGUUUAAAGGUGGAUGUGGUCAACUUCCCAUCUAAGCUUAGGGAUUCUUAAUCGGCCUAGGAAAUCCAGCUAGUCCUGUCUCUCAGUACCCCCUCUCAACAGGAAAACCCAAGUGCUGUUGGGGAGGUUGGCCAACAACUGCUCUAAUUGCUUCCUGCUGAAUUGGGGUGUAGUAGGGGUUGUACAGUUGAGAUUUCCUCUGGAGGGGUGCCUUCGAUGUCAUUAACAUUGGAGCAUGGGCUAGCAGGCCGGUCCAGGGGUCCGCGGUAGAUUUUAGUCAUGGACUGCAUCUGGGGCUCCAUUUGAAGAACGAGUUGUGGCUUUACAGCUUCGAUUCUGGAAAAGACAAACUUAACAAGGAGGGGAUUAACUUAACAAGAUACAGGGAUUGAAAUGUAUGGCCUACAGUGCAGGGGAUUAUUUCUUUGGCACACUUCACAGGCCCUGACUAUCUGCUUGAUAGUUUUGAAAAGGCCUGGUCCAUCUCCUCAUUCUUAAAAAAUGAGAUUGAAUUUUGAUUAGCCCAGGAAAAUUGUCUAUGUGUUUAGAUUUCUUUCUUUAUAGUGUCAUUUAGCGUUGUUCUCUUUGUUGCAUAUUCUGUACAAGGGAAUUUGAGUCCAGAGGCUCUGUUAGGUCAGAUUAAACAUUUUGGAGAAGAAUACUUUGUAGGCUAUUUGUAUGUCAUGUUUUACUGUCAGAAAACAUUUAAGUACAGGUCCUUGCAUUAGUGAAACUAAGUUUGAUCAUUUGGGUAAGCUGGUAACCGCCAUAAGUCCAUUGUAAAGAUCUAAUUUGUAGUGGAUAAACAAUCUAUGGAGAGACUUUGACCUCUGAAUAUUUAUAGUCAUGUGUGUUUUAGCUGUGGAUUGAAUACAAAAUGAAAAUUGAAAUAGACUAUUCAAAAAUGAAUGCCAUUAAGGUUGUCAACAUAAGUCAACUUGUGUGAUAAGGCUGACAGUAUAUUCAUUACAAAAUUAGCACCCUCUAGUUUAUUCAGGGAGCCAAGAUUGUUUUGUCUGGAACCUUGUUUUUGUUCAGCAUUUAUCAUCAGCACCUAUAUAUAUCAUGGCUGGUACGUGAGCUGUUGAUAAACUUUGAAAAAAAUUAAGCCUUUAAAUCAAGCUAUAAAACAUGAUACCAUUGUGGCAUCAUGAAUUAGAGAGCUUAACUUUUUUAAAGAUCAAUAAUAAUCCUUUGUGAUUUUAUUCCAGUGCAUUUAAAAAUCUAUAAAAUGAUAAUUUAUAUUGAUAGCUUUCUUCUUUUUGUGAAUAUACCCUUAUCAGAUUAUUAUGCUUUUGAUAGACUACUUAAUUCUAUUUCUUAACAUUUAAUUGUAUCUAUAAUCAUAGGUAAAGUUAUAAUUUUCUAAACAGUUUUCAGGUUUUGUUAAUGCAAUGAUCUUAUAAAUCUUACAAAACGAGACUAUUUAAAACCUGGCUUUCUAGUCUCAUGUUCCUAUUUUUUAUUUCCACUUUCAUCUUUUUCAUAUUGAUUCUCUUUGACUUUCUUUUUUGAACUCAACAGAUUCCCCGGGUAUUAACCCAGCACAACUCCUUUAUGGGUCAUUGCACAUUCUGGUAUCUCAUUAAGAAUUGUCAUAAAAGAGAGAUCCCAGGAGGCCUUCCAGUGAAACUCUAUCAUCAUGCAAUCUUGGGAUUUCUAAGUUGGAAGUCACAGUCCCUUUGCAAACAUAAUAAAACACUUUAAAAUAUUUGCUAAAGUUACAAACCAAGUAUGUAAAAAUUUAAAAAUCACCUACUACUUUUAAAAGCAGAGAAGGCAUCCAUAGACUAUUUCCUUGCUUACAAGCUCAGUGAACAUACUGAAUUCACUUACAAAAAGAAUUUUCUCAAUUUUAGUUGCUUUUCAAAAAAUUCUUAUUCCUUUUAUUUGUAAUUCUUUGACAUUGGUGCUGCUUCACAGUUUUGAUAAUUGGACAGUUUGGUCUUUAUUAUGCUAUUAACAUUUUUACCUGUCCUGAAACAAGGAAAUACAAUCAAAGAAACAGAAGAUUGCUGGACCUUGAACCACAUUAUGAUAUCAGAUGACCCAGAGUCAUGGUUACUAAGUUGCUUAAAUUUUUAGUAACAAAGAUGUAUUAGAAAAUGACAGGUCAAUUAAAUAAUGGUUUUUUUGGAUACAUUUAAUUAUAUAAUCCCCUUAAGUUGUGCUUAGUCAGCAGUAUUUAAUCUGUUGUCUAUUAUAUAUCUAACUGGUCUGUUAUGUUUAUUAUAUAUUUAUGUAUUGCUUAUUCAUAUCUUAUUGGAGUAACUCAUUUUUAAAACAAUAUAUUUCAUCUCCUAGGAGAAGAGGAUCGAGUAUGUGUUUUUAUUCUUUUUCAUUAGGACAUUAGGGUAUUUUCUUAUUGUGAAAUGUAUUGAAUAUUUCGUUUAUUUGGUUUGUGAGUCUGACCUUCACUCCCUAGCACUGAUUUUUAUUUGGACCUCCUUUUACCUGAUUCAUAGGAGUUAUGAGUAGCCGUUAAUAUGGAUACAUUUUUCCCAUUUCUAGUACACUGCCCCUUCCAAAAGUGUCUGGCUUACUCAAACUUUUCUGUAUUUGUUCCAUCUUGCUUUUACAGAUCAAUACAAAUAGGUAACUAUACAUUCUAAACAAACAUCAAGUUGGUGGAAAAAAGGCAUAUGAACAGUUCUUUCUCACCUACUAUCAACAAACAGUAAAUUAAACAUUCCUAACUGCAGCCUCCUUUUGUAAAAUUUAUAACCAUUUAUCUUUUGAGUGUGACAUGAUACUAGAUGUAUGAUGAUUACAUGUUUUGUGUAUCAGUAUGAACAUGAUUUUUAACAGACUUGUUCCAAUGAACUAUUAUAGAGAUGGUCCCCAACAAUGUCAACUAACAAUUUCUCAGCUUUAUGAUGGUGCAAAAGUGAUAUGUUGCUAUAGUUUGGAUAUUUGUCCCUCCAAAUCUCAUGUUGAAGUUUGAUCUCAGUGUUGGAGGUGGGGCCUAAUGGAAGGUGUUUGGGUCAUGGUGGAAGAUCCCUCAUGAAUAAAUUAAUGCCCUCUCUGGAUUUAGGGGUGAGUGAGCUAUCACUCUGUUAAUUUUUGUGAGAGCUGGUUGUUCAAAAGAACCUGGCACCUCCUCCCUCACCCUCUUGUUUUCUCUCUUGCCAUGUGAUGUCUGCAUACACUGGCUCUCCCUUCAUCAUCUGCCAUGAGUGGAAGCAGCCUGAGACCCUUAGCAGAAGCAGAUGCCGCACCAUGAUUCUUGUACAUUCUGCAGAACAGUGAGCCAAAUAAACCUCUUUAUUAAUCA